UUUAGCGCUACGCUGUUUCCGGUUGUGUUACCUCGUCAUGGCGAGUCGUAAAACUCCAAAACCAAACAGAGGCAACGGGAACAAGUACUCAGUAUUGUUACCUACGUACAACGAAAGAGAAAACCUGCCUCUGAUCGUGUGGCUCUUGGUGAAAUGUUUUGGGGAAAGUGAAUAUGACUACGAGAUCAUCGUCAUUGACGACGGAAGCCCAGAUGGGACACAAGAGGUGGCAGAGCAGUUGCAGAAAAUUUACGGGAAAGAUAAAAUACUUCUAAGGCCAAGGGCAAAGAAACUGGGCUUAGGCACCGCCUACAUCUACGGCAUGAAGCACGCUACCGGGAACUUCAUCGUCAUCAUGGAUGCCGACCUUUCCCAUCACCCCAAAUUCAUCCCUCAGUUUAUUGAGAAACAGAAGGAGGGGGAUUAUGAUCUUGUGUCUGGUACUCGAUACAAAGGGGAUGGAGGAGUUUAUGGUUGGGACCUGCGCAGGAAACUCAUCAGUCGAGGAGCAAACUUUUUGUCUCAGGUGUUGUUGAGACCGGGUGCUUCAGACCUCACAGGCAGCUUCAGACUGUACAAGAAAGAGGUGUUGGAAAGUCUGGUGGAGCGGUGCGUGUCCAAAGGCUACGUCUUUCAGAUGGAGAUGAUCGUUCGAGCCAGACAGCUCAACUACACGGUUGGAGAGGUUCCCAUUUCCUUUGUGGAUAGAGUUUACGGAGAGUCGAAGCUGGGAGGGAAUGAGAUUGUGUCGUUUGUGAAAGGACUGCUGACGCUCUUCGCCACGACGUGACCCACGAGGUGCUUCGUGGGAAACAUCCAGCUCGAUCCUAGCGUUUCUCUCACGCUCCCAAGUUCGUGUUUGAUACAGAGGUCGUACCAAAGGGAGAAGGCGUUGUCUCUUUUCAGUUAACGUGUAGUAAAAUCAAAAACGAGAAGGAAAAGUUCGUUAGCGGCUAAAUAAUGUGAAAUCUUCUCCUGCCAGUAGCUCUCAGAUUACCAAAGAGAAACAUUCCCGCCCUCCUCUUUAAUCCAGUUGAAGCCGCAUCAUUCCCAGAAUGUUGAGUGCGGUUUUCACGUGGGUUAUUGUUUGUACAAAUUAAAAAGUUUGUAUUACUGGCUCUA